GGUAUUGACAUCAAGAAACACCACGUGAAGAACGGAAAUCGGACUGAACCAAAGAGUGAAAAUGUCUACCUUCGAUUGUUGGUGAAGCUUUACAGAUUCUUGGCACGAAGAACUGAUUCCAAAUUCAACAAGGAUAAACCUGAUAAGAUCGCAGUGGUUGUUGGCACUAUUACAGAUGAUGAUCGGGUGUUAGAAAUCCCCAAAAUUACUGUUGCAGCACUUCGUGUCACAAAAUCAGCCAAGGCUAGGAUUUUAAAGGCUGGUGGUGAAGUUCUUACCUUAGACCAAUUGGCUAUGC